CUCGGCCGAGUCGACCCGGUUGUCGAACGCCGUGUCGCAGCUGCGCGACGACACGACCGAGUCGCUGUCGGCGUCGCUGCACCGCGCCGUCGACGGCGCCGCCGAGCUGUCGGCCUACGUCAAGGGCGAGGCGUCGCACGCGCUCGACGAGGCGCGCAAGAUGUACCACGCCGCGCUCGAGAUUGGCCAGACACGCCUGUUGCGGUAUGAUGAGUUGCCGCCCGACUGGCGCAACAACGAGCAUAUCCUGAGCGGAUACCGGUACAUCCCGAUCGAGCGGUGGGGGACCUUGAUCCGCAGCGCGUGGCAGUGGCACAACGAGACGAUCAACAUCCAGUCGCACUUUGUCGGGUUCCUGUCGCUCGUCGUCCUCCUCGUCUACUACCUCUUCUUCUCGUCGUCGUCGCCGCACAUGCUCGCCGACCCGCACCCGGGCGACACGGCGAUCGCGGUCCUCUUUGUCAUCUCGGCGAUGCACUGCCUUCUGUGCAGCACGACCUGGCACCUGUUUGCCGGCUGCGCGACGAUCCACUGGCACCGUGGCGCCGCGUGCGUCGACUAUGUCGGCAUCAGCGGGCUCAUCGCUGCGAGCGUGGCAGGUUCGACGUACUACGGCUUCUACGAGCAUCCUCGGCUCGCAUCGGCCUACAUGCUCUUCAACCUCGUCAUCGGCGUCACGGGCAUGGUCGUGCCGUGGCAGGCGUGGUUCAACGAGCGCAAGUACAAGAACUGGCGCAUCGCCUUCUUCUGCUCGCUCGCGCUGAGCGCCGUCGGGCCCGUGUCGCACCGCGCCGCCAUCUAUGGCCUCGGCGAGACGGUCAGGUUCUACAGUCCCGCCAUUCCCUCGAUCGCCGCCUACGGCCUUGGCCUCACCUUCUACGCGCAGCAGUUCCCCGAGUGCGUCGCCCCGGGUACCUGGAACGUCGGCGCGAGCCACCAACUAUGGCACAUCGCCAUAGUCGCCGCUGUGUGGCUCCACUGGAAGGCCAUGGGCGACUGGAGCGCGGCCGCGCUCGGCUUUGACGCGCCGUAGCUCGACUCGCCUCUCGCAGAGCCUCUCUUUUGUGUAGACUAGACCCCUCCUCGCCGCAGCUUGUUGAGACGCAUUGGAUUCCUCUCCUCGCC